AUGCCGAAUCCAUCCGCCGCAGCACCCACUCCCGGAAUACUCGCACGCCUCCAAAUCCCGGCGUUCACCCCAGAGGACCCAGAAGUGGUCAAAUCCCUAGACGGCAGGUACGCGAAGGAGGUUCGCGACCUGAUAAUCAACCCGCCAGCACAAAAGCCGUAUGAGACACUGAAGGAGCAGCUUCUCCAACGCCUGGGGAAAUCACAGGCCCAAAAGACGCGACAACUUCUGGAGAGAGUAGAAAUUGGAGACCGGAAGCCUUCUCAGUUCCUGCGGUAUCUCCAACAGCUCGCUGGGGACAACGCCGCAGACGAGAUCGUCCGCGCCCUGUGGAUGGAGCGGAUCAACCCCCUCGCUCGCGCCAGCAUCGCCGCGCAGGCUGCCCAACCCAACGUGACCCUGGACGACCUGGCCAAGACCGCAGAUUGCGUAAUGGAAGCGCUAGGUACCGUCGCGCCGCAACAGGUGUCUGCGGUGUCACCUCGGGUGUCACAAAGCGAAUCCCAGCUUUGUGAAGUAUUGGAGAGGUUGUCGAUGCGCCUCGACGAACAAAGUCGCGAGUUGAACGAGCUUCGUGCGGAAGUGCGCGGUCGCUCGCGGAACUACGGUGGUCCUACAUCGGGUCGUCGUUCGCGUUCCGGAUCACGAACUCGGUUCGGUGGUAGGUGCUUUUACCACCAUCGGUUCGGGGCCAAGGCGCACAAGUGCGAGAAACCGUGCACCUACGCGGGUACCGACGACGAUCAGGGAAACGGUAAAGGCAGUCGCUGA